UGGGGGUGGUCUUCAGUUUCCCUUUAGAAAAAUGGAACUAUUUUGGGCUUCCGUGUGACAACCAAAUCAAAGCGACGAGAAGUCGAGAACAAUGGGGAAGAGGAAUUUGUCUCUCUCAACGAUCGUCAACCUCGUCUGCGUUUUAGGGCUUACCAACGCCUAUGAAUCACCAGAGUACACAGUGAUUCACUCUGAAUCAGAAUUUGAGAUCAGAUUGUAUACGGAAUCAGUUUGGAUGACAGCUCCAGUCAAAGAAAUUUCGUUUCGAAAAGCUACCAACGAUGGCUUCCAUAGGUUAUUCCAGUAUAUACAAGGUGCAAAUUUGAAUAAUUCUCGUGUAUCAAUGACCGUGCCCGUCUUAACAAGCCUUGUCCCUGGAGCAGGACCUCUUGGCUCAUCCGCAUAUGUCGUGCAUUUCUACUUGCCCACCAAGUUCCAAGCCACACCCCCACUUCCUCUUCCUGAACUGAAUCUUUUGCCCGAUUCAUGGACCAGCUGUUGCAAAGCAGUUCGCCAAUUCUCUGGUUUUGCCAGAGAUAAGAACACAGUCAAAGAAGCUGAGAAUCUAGCUACCAGCUUGAGCAGGUCUCCAUGGGCCAACUCCACUUCUUCCUCGAGUAAAUUUGCGUAUUCAAUCGCGCAAUACAACUCUCCAUUUAAGUUCAUUGGGCGAGUAAAUGAAGUUUGGGUGGACAUUGAUGGCUGUGAACCCACCAUGUUGGCUACGUACUGAAGUUCUAAACAGUAGGCUCGAGUUUGCCAUGCUUUUUGAUGGGCCGACUCGUGUUGCCUUAAACCGCUAGCUAACCAUGGUCGGUACCACAGGGCCUGUAACGUGUCUGUUCCGUUUGUAACUACAGUAGAAUAAGGUCAUCUAUUAGUGGUUGUAAAGUGAAUAAGGUCAUCUAUGCAACAUGAGCCCUAUAACCUUCCAAGAGUAAGAUUGGCAAUUGUCUGAUUGGUUCUUUUACCUUCAAAUUUACUUUGUAUAAAACUUAGAUAACCACAUUUCAUAAC